AUGGAAUUUGACUUGUGGAAAGAGAAUACUCCGCGUCAUCUCAAUCAGACAAGAGACACAACCGAAUACGUUUACGAUGCUCUUGAGCGAAUGUCAGGAGACGUGGAGGAAAUGAAGAAAAGGGUCUCUUUGGCAUCUUCGGUGACGGAAGAUGUCACCCGAAGGCUGUCGACAGUGGAAACGAGAUGCUUGAACGUUUGUCGAACUUCUAUGGCGAGAGAGAGGGAGAAGCCAAGACGUCGUCAAGCAACGAAGAAUGCACUGCCUACGGAUGCCGAUGAUGAAGUUGUUUUUAGAAGAACUUGA